GGCUGGGGCAGACACUGGUGUCUCUACAAAAUCAGCUUUAGAAGAACCCAGAAAAAAGGGACAGCCUAUGGGCCAGAAGAAAUAAGACAAGAUCACGAGGUUCCUGGGUGGAGCUCCAGAUGAACGGCAAUGGCAAUGGCAAUGAUGGGAAUGGAAAUGGAAAGAAUGGUGGUCUGGAGCACGUUCCCUCCUCCUCCUCCAUUCACAAUGGAGACAUGGAGAAGAUUCUUUUGGAUGCCCAGCAUGAAUCGGGACAGAGUAGUUCCCGGGGCAGUUCUCACUGUGACAGCCCUUCCCCACAAGAAGAUGGUCAGAUAAUGUUUGAUGUGGACAUGCACACCAGCAGGGACCAUAGCUCUCAGUCUGAAGAAGAAGCUGCAGAAGGAGAAAAAGAAGUGGAAGCUUUGCAGAAAAGUGUGGACUGGGUGUCGGACUGGUCCAGUCGGCCUGAGAACAUCCCCCCCAAGGAAUUCCACUUUCGGCACCCUAAACGUUCUGUUUCUUUGAGUAUGAGGAAAAGUGGAGCCAUGAAGAAAGGGGGCAUUUUCUCUGCAGAAUUUCUUAAAGUGUUCAUUCCAUCGCUGUUCAUCUCUCAUGUUUUGGCUUUGGGACUAGGCAUCUAUAUUGGAAAACGACUGAGCUCCCCGUCGGCUAGCACCUACUGAGGGAGAGGAGAGCCCUGGACGUGCGCGUGCCCUGUGAAGUGCUGUCCCUGUCACGUUAGUGUAUUUGAACUUGAGACCAUUCUAAGCAUGCCCCAGCCCACGAUCUCUUUUUACCUAGCCACGUUCCAGCUCCUCUUGGGAUUCAGUAUUUUAUUCGAACUCUUGGGAGGCAUUUUCAUGACCUCAUGCCCUUUUUGGCCUGUAGACCCUCAGAGUUUCCUCACAGAGUUUACCAUUGUCUAGAAAUUUGCAGAGUCUUCUUUUCGACGCAGAUGCCACCAGCAAGUGAUUUUUCCGCAGCCUUCUUUGUCUCCUGCUUUUCCAUCCCACCUGAGUUAGAGCUUCAGCCUUCCCAUAGAAAUGCUGCCUGCUCUAGGACAGCAGUCAUCACUCUUUUAAAAAAGAAGGCAGGCUAGCAAGUAUCCUAUCAAACUCUGAUUUUUCAAGAUAAAGACAAGCUCUCCAUAAGCUCACAAUUUAUAGUUAUAAAAAAAAAAAAACAAGAAAAAGAAACACGAGAAAAAGUAGUCUGUGGCAAUAAAAAAUAUCUCAAACCAGCUUUGGGGCCAUUUUCUCUCCGAGCCUCCCAGUGUUGGCUAGCACAGUGGAGUUUGUAGGAGGCCGGCUGCACAAACAUAUGAGGAGACCAAGCAGUAAGCCUCCAGUACGAUGCCUCGUGUGCUUUUAUCACAAUGUUGGCUUUCCUGUGAUGUAGAACCCUUCUUUCUCAUAGACAGUGGCUCAGGCCUAGAUGAGACAAAAAAGAUGGCAUUUGGGACUUUGGGUGUUUGGAGUUUUUCCUGCUAUGUGUGAAGAUUCUCAUUUUCAUCUCUUUCCUUAAAGGAUUGUUUUCCUUCUCCCUCUCCCACCUCCCCAAAGAGAGUUCUGGUUUGUUUGGUGUAUUUACAUACAGGCUUCCUGUUUUGGGGAAAUUUCCUUUCUUCUGGAGCCCUUAAAAGACACCCUUGAGCUUCUGAAGCUGUUCCAAGCCCCUGGGCUGCUUUGGGGAGCAGAUGACCAAGUCCUAAAUGAUGUCCCCUUCCGUGUUCUUCCAGAGCUCCCCCUGUUACUGUUUACUGUACAAUCUUCCCCAGGGCAAUGCCAGGGACCCUCAAGCAGGAUUCUCCCAAAGCAUCUUGCUCUAGGUUACGGAACUCUUCAAUUGGGGAACACAGCCUCUCCUUCGAUGACACUUUCCUUCUUCAAAAUGUGAAGCUUUAGUACCAAAUUGUUAGGAAGCAUCAGGAUUUCCAGUGUCCUCAAGUAGAUUUCAUUGGGUUUCAGAACAUGUAGCAUGACUGAAGGAUACUACUAUAUGUUUGCUAUAUAAAGAAUUACUGUUUAUGAUAGAGACUUUAAUAUCGGCUAUUUAGAGAACCAUUGUUAAUUUGAAAACUAGCGAUUUGCUCAUUUAAUUAGAGUGCAUUAGAUUGAUGUGAGUAAAACACUAAGAUAACCAGUUUGGCCAAUUUGCAGAAACUGUUCCAUCAAACAGCUUUUCUGCAUCACGUUUUCUAAAAUGGAUGUGUUAUAGCAGAAAUGAACGGACAGUUUGAACACAGAAAUGAAUUUUUAACUGACUCAUUUUGUAUUAGUAACGCUGGCUAUGGCAAGUAUAGAAUAACUCCUCGAUUCUGCUUAAAUCUGUUUUCUUCCUAUCAUUUGAGAAAACAUUGUAAGAUAUGAGCCAGGGCCAAAUCCUCUAUUAUUUCUCUUCUCCACCUGAAUUCUGAAUGUGGUAACACUUGAUUUGCCUUCUGCAACCUAUUUAUUUCAAGUAUAUAUCUUGGAUUUCAUUUGGAGGGUAAUUGAGAAGUCUGGUGAGGCUAUUCACUGACAUGGCAUUGACCACAUGGUUUAAAAAUUAUUUAAAUGGAAAAAGGCUAGUUUACUCUUAAGGACUAAUUAAUGGCAUCUUGUUUUGUAUUAAAAUUGGCACAGUUCACGGGUGGGGGGAGAAGAUUUCUAUUUCAAAUUGGGCACAUCUUUUUAAGAGAAAUAAAGCAUUACCCCUUUACAGGUUACAUAGUUGGUUUUUAUCUGUAGUGUGUUUAAAACUCGAUUAUCUUUAUGGCUUUUUGAACAUUGAAAAUAAAUCCAGUUCUAUCCUGUUAUUUCUCGAGUAGCUGUGAAAUCAACUGUUCUUGGACUCUUACUGCAAAAAAAAAUGGAUAGAUACAUGAUCACUAUAGAGCUUAUUAUCACAAGAUGAUACAAAAGCAGUAUUUAUUAUAACCCCUGAGAGAAGUUUGGGGUGGAAGUGUUGGUCUCCCAACCUCUGAGUGAACAAAAACAGAUCAAUGUGUAAUCUGAAAAGGGUUUCAACUAUUAACAGUUGAAGUUUUGUUAAGAUAAAUAUUGUUUUAAAAGCUUUAUACCGGUUUACAGUUUUGGAAAAAAUGCAGGCUUCAUUUUUCUUAUGUUUAAUGAAAACUGGCUUAAAAUGUUUGUAAAUAGGAGCAAAAAUGCAUAAACUCGCACAAGGGAAAAUGUAGCAAGUUCACUUUGCUGCAGCAGAGACAUUGACUGACAAAAAUGAAAAAUGGAAGACCACCAUUUAGAUUCUUUCCAAAAAUGUAACCAUUUGAUGAAAUGAUUGGAGUUAACUGAGCCAAAGUGAUUAUGCAUUCUUCAUCGAUUUAGUUAUUAGCACUUUGUAACAUUAUAUACAGUUUACAAUAUGUGUAUAAGCUGUAGUUAUAAACAUUUUGUGCCAUUAAAGCUCUCACAAAACUG